CGUGCAAUCUGCUACUAACCCACAUAUUCCAGCUGACGAGCAUGGAAUUCUAGUUUUAUUAUUAUUGAAGGUGCUAUUUUCUGGUCGUAUUUUUAUAAAAUUACAUAUAUAUUACCUGCAUAUUGUACGUAUAUAACUGUUAAGAUUACGUAUAACACUAUGGACACAAAGGCGAGCGUGGAGUUAAUGGAGUCAAUUUUUGAGAAUGAAUUGUUGCUGGCAAACAUAUUCUCCUGGUUGGACCUGGACACGAUUAAAAUAGUUCGUCUCAUUAACACAAAAUGGGAAAGCGUCGCACGGAAAAGGUUUUCUGAAAUUAGUCUGGUUUUUGUUCGCCUGAAGUUCGACUUAAGCUCCGCCAAUACCCGGAUAAAAUUGGACCUUAACAACAAGCCCUUUCUUACCUUGUGGUUAGACGAUGGCAAUGAUAUCAUAACACCACUCUACGAUCAACUCGCACCUUUCAAAAAUUUUAAAUUGGUGUUUACAAUUUAUGCGGAAACAGUAAUCAGCGAUGAAAGGAUGGAAGAAGCGUAUUUUUGUUUGAACCAGCUUAUACGAUACUUGUGGCGUCCAAAUGGGUCCCUAACGCAUUCCAUGGGGUUCUUUCAAAAUACGUCUAAGGAUUUAUUACGUUCGAUUAUUGACGGAUACAAUGCCUUUUCACACGUGGAAAUUGAGGCAGGAGAAUACGUCUGGUUUAUUAAUACUUCCGACCUUCCAAAGAUGAUUUGUCACACGAUAAGAAUUAAUCCUACCACGUUUCCUCUCACAAAUGUAUCCAACGUGUUUUCGCAUUAUGUGAAUACGAAAAAAAUCAUUUUCGAGGACGCGUCUUUAAUCAAUUUAGACCAGGUGGUCCGAGCCAUUAUUGGAACAGGGGAACAAUUCGGUAAACUGGAGGAAAUCGAUGUAACGAUGAAAAUGAACUUUAAUCAACUCGCAGCCCUUGCAGGACUGCGUGGGUUAAAAAGAUUGAAAAUACGAAUUAAUGAUACGAUUAUAUCGGAAAGUCCAAUGCCAGCAUUGCAGGAAUGCAUCACGAAACAUGCCGCAACGCUGGAGUUUUUGCAUUUGGAGUGGAUGAGAUGCAGGGUUACGUCGGAAUUAAGUAAACUUGAUUCCAUUGAAUUCCAAAAAUUAAGGAAGCUUUACUUCGGAAAAAAUUUGCUAUUCGAGGACGUUGCGGAACACGAGGUUGACCUUUUCGAUCUGCAUGUGGCAAUUCAGAACGGGACUUUACGUAAAAAUUUCCCGGUAUUGAAAAUGAUCGAAAUCAUGGAACCAUCGGAGACGUUCUAUCCAGUUUUGAAUUCAAGCAAUAUUUCCGAACUUGGAGUGAAAUAUGGCAUUCAAGUCAUGUAUAAUGGGGCUUUGAGAGGGUGAAAUUAAUCAUCCAUGAAUUUUACGAAAGCUUGUCGAAGUUAUCAAGCACCAAAAGUAUAAAUACAGUAUUUUUUGUUAGUUAAGAACGUGUUUAAUUUAAUUAAAAAUAUUUUUCUGCUGUGCAAAACUACUUAAUUAAACUGCAAAUUCCACAAAGAUGUAUUUCACUUUGCUUUAACAGUACAAAAUAUGUAUGUAAAGUAAUUAGAACAUCGGCAAUAUCUUAGGUCAAACAGUUCCUAUCUCACAAAGAUAACAUAACUUUAUGUAAUCAAUGGUAGGAUAUUAGCAAGACCAAAACAUGGCACAAACUACUAAACCGUAUGCAUACACCGCAAUUGAUAUUGUAAACAUUAUUCUCUAUAGAUAAACUUGGAGCUGGGAUAUGUCUACAUAAAUAUAUACAUAGAUCAAAGCUACAUACGUAUGUAGUGGAAUGCAGUGUUGAAAUUGAAAAUAAAUAAAUUGGAAACGUGCACCCACACAAAGAAUAAAAUAAUUUGCUGAUUAUUUACAGUAAUAAAUAUAGUUUUGAAUAUCUGGCGAAGCCUGUUUGUCCCACAGAGUCGCAAAAUUGUCUAAAAGUCAAGCAACACUGGUUCCUUUUAACGUGUAAAAUUUCAUCAUGAGUCAUGAAAUGAUUUUCCCAAUACUUCUCCGCCUGUUUAAUGGUUUUACUCUUAGGAUUAAGCGGAUCAGGUGAAAGAGAUAAUAUUUGGCUAAUCUCCUCUAAAAUAUUUCAAUUGGGUUAAAGUAUGCAAUCGAAAACAAAUUAAGUGAUAUGUGCAUGGAUAAUAAAUUGCUGUCGUUCGUAGUAAA